AUGGUGAUUAAAAAAAAUUGUAAUUUUUUUUCGUUGUAUAGUGAUAAUGAGAACAAAAAAGGAAUAUUACGUUAUAUUUCUUUUAAAUUUCUUUGCUUAAGUUUAUAUGUAAUUGGAUUUUACUAUGUUUUUCUAAAUAAUUCUUUAGAAAAUAAAAGUUUAGAAAUAGCUACAAAUUGUAAUGUAUAUAAACGCAAUUUAAGUGAAGCACAAAAAAAUAGCAACGGUUCACAAAGGAGAAGAAAUUUAAAUCUUAAAAAUGAAGAUAUAAAUAAAACAAAAUCUGAUGGAAAUAUUAAAAGUAAUGAACAAAAAGUAGAGGAAAAUAAAGAUUGUACUAAUAACGAAAUGGAGAAUAAUAAUAUGGAAAAUAAAAGUAAUAGUUCUGUGAAUAAUAUAAAUUAUAAUGAUUUGUCAAAAAAUUUAACUAAAAAGGAAUUGUAUGAUGUACUAAAUUCAUUAGAAGAAUGUCCUUCAAAUGAAGAUCUUAGAAAUAUAUGGAUUCACACAGUCGGCGUCGUAAAAGAAGAUUUGGAUAAUAUAGUAAAGGAGUUAAAAGCAUCAAUACAGAAGUAUUUAGAUAAAGAUAUUUCUGUUAGUACUUAUGGUUGUCGUCAGGGGAGAUGUUGGUUAUAUGAAAGUAUAUGGACAGAAAAUAUUUGGGGAUUUUCCCAAACAGUUGAAACUAAUGUUGUGGAAUACACUAAUAAAUUUUUUAGUUUAAUUAAUGAUGAACAUACACUUGAUGAUAUUUUAAAGUUUAUUUAUUCGUUCGUAGAAUAUUUUAAAACAAUAAAAAACGAAUUACAUGAAAAACAUCAAAAGGAACUCUUAGAAAGUAUUGCAAAAACCUUGAAAUGGAAAAAAUGA